AUGGCCCUCUGCUGCUGCCCACCUGGCUGUGAGCCAUGCUGCUGCAAGACCACCUGCUGCAAGACCACCUGCUGCUGUGAACCCAGCUGCCCCGAGUCCAUCUGCUGCCAACCUUGCUGUCCGCCAAGUUGCUGCAGCAUACCCUGCUGCAAGCCCUGCUGCUGCCAGCCCUGCUGCUGUGUGCCCACCUGCUGUGAAAGCACCUGCUGUGAAAACACCUGCUCCAAGACUACCUGUUGCAAGCCAAACUGUGUGACCAUCUGCUGCAGCACACCCUUCUGCCUACCCUGCUGCUGCCAGCCCUACUCCUGCCAACCCUACUGCUGUGUGCCCACCUGCUGCCAGCCCUGCUGCUGUGUGCCCACCUGCUGCCAGCCCUGCUACUGUGUGCCCACCUGCUGCCAGCCCUACUGCUACAUGAUUACCUGCUGCCAGCCCUGCUGCUGCGUGCCCAGCUGCUGUGAAAGAACCUGCUGUAACACCACCUGUUGCAAGCCAACCUGUGUGAACAUCUGUUGCAGCACACCCUGCUGCCAGCCUUGCUGCUGCUGA